AUGCUCAGACGCGAGUACCUUGGGUCGAGAAAUAUCGCCCGAAGGAAGGUCAGUGACAUCGUCUACCAAAAAGAAGUUGUCGCGGUGCUCAAAAAAGUUUUGGAUGGAUCCGACAUGCCAAAUAUACUGCUGUACGGUCCUCCGGGUACUGGAAAAACCUCUGCUGCUAUUGCUUUCUGUCGCCAAUUGUUCCCAAGCCCUGAAUUGUAUCGAGACCGCGUCCUUGAAUUAAAUGCUUCUGACGAAAGAGGCAUACAAGUUGUACGAACAAGGAUCAAAGAUUUUGCACAUCGUGCAGUAUCUAAGGCUGGUGGGUUUUCCCUUUCUUUGAAAAAAAAAAAUAAAAAAAUCGUGUUUUCGGAUAAGCUGAGCAAUGACUGUUCUGCACCAAGCAGCUAUGCGCAGAAUAAUAGAAAAGUAUUGCAAAACAACAAGGUUCUUCCUGAUAUGCAAUUAUAUUUCUCGAAUAAUCGACCCUCUCACUUCACGAUGAUGCGUGAGAUUUGCGACAAAGAGGGUGUCAAUAUUGACAAGACUACUCUUGAAACACUCAUUACGUUGUGCGAAGGGGAUCUUCGAAGGUCGAUUACAUACCUGCAGUCUGUGGCUUGUCGAGAGAACAUCACAAAUGACUACGUAUUAAAUAUGACUGGAUAUGUUGCUGAGGAUAAUGCUCACCAGCUGUUAACUGCCUGCCAUUCGCGAGAUACUGAUAGGCUUUUAGUGGCUCUUGACGAAGUGUAUCGUGCAGGGUAUGCAGGGCCUUCAUUAAUCAAUCAGAUAUUCGAUCAACUGCUUGACGAUGACAGUAUCAGCGACAUCGAUAAGGGUGUCAUUUUUGAGAAAAUGGCGGUAAUUGAGGCACGUCUCGUGGAUGGAUCCGACGAGUAUAUUCAGCUGUUGGACUUGAUCUUCUGCAUUCAGUGGUAUUUCACCCACUAA